UUCCAUCAAAAGUAAUGGAAAAAGAAAAAAAUAGAAAGAAAAUAAAAAGAAAAUAGAUCUGGGCUUGGGUGUGGCUACUCGGAGAAUUAGAGAAAUACCGGCGGUGGCGUGAUUUGGGUGAAAAACGGGUUGACAAUGUCUUACAGUGACACGGUUCCGCUCCAUCCCAGCUCCCAAUCGGACAUCGACGAGAUCGAGAAUCUCAUCCACUCCAACCCCUUACCCGUCCUCCCCGCUCGCCCCCCUUCCCCCCCACGCGCUUCCAUCCCCGUCUCCUCCGCUCCUCCUCCUCCCUCCUUCAUCCCCUCCAAUCUCCCCCCUCCUUCCGCCCCCAAACCCACUCCCGUCCCCUCCAUCGCUCCUAAACCCCCUGUCCCCCCUCCGAUUGGAUCCUCCUCCUCCAGCGGCGGAAUUGCCUCAUCGGGGUUCGGUUCCCCUCCUAAUACGCUCACCGAGCCUGUCUGGGAUACUGUUAAGAGGGAUUUGUCGAGGAUCGUCAGCAAUCUCAAGCUCGUUGUUUUCCCCAAUCCCUACAGGGAAGAUCCCGGCAAGGCAUUGCGCGAUUGGGAUCUUUGGGGCCCCUUUUUCUUCAUUGUUUUCCUCGGCCUCACUCUCUCCUGGUCUGCUUCUGUUAAGAAGUCUGAAGUUUUUGCUGUUGCAUUUGCACUUCUUGCCGCUGGCGCUAUAAUUCUGACCUUGAAUGUGUUGCUGCUGGGGGGUCACAUCAUCUUCUUUCAGAGCCUAAGCCUUCUCGGUUACUGUUUAUUUCCCCUGGAUGUGGGUGCCUUGAUUUGCAUGUUGAAGGACAACGUAAUAAUUAAAGUGGUGGUUGUCGUCAUCACAUUGGCAUGGAGUUCAUGGGCUGCAUAUCCGUUCAUGAGCAGCGCUGUUGGCCCGAGGAGGAAAGCCCUUGCUCUAUAUCCUGUCUUACUUAUGUACGUGUCCGUGGGUUUUCUAAUCAUCGCCAUCGACUGAUUCAGUGACACACUGCUAUACUGCUCAUGGUGACACUUGCAUUACAUGUACGGCAUUAGGUGAAUUGAUUCCAAUUAAAGUUUUGAUUUUCUGGGAUCUCCUUCAGAAUUCAGUUUCUUUUUAUGGUUAUGUUGGAAUCAUAUGCUUAUAUACACAUACUCAGGUUGAGUUCUUUUGUGCUGGUUCUGUUUUUUGAAUGGUUGGAUAUAUUUGUGAAAUGAAAUCCUACUUUCUUGACUGUAAA